CUGGACAGCAAAACGAACAAUACAAGACAUCAACAACUGGCCAGAAUGGGUUCAAGAAUAGCACCCUACCCACACAUAAAAGAGGAAUGGUUCCACAAGGCUCAACAACCUUUUUCCAUAACAGAGAUCUCUAAGGCUAUCAAAACAAGUAAUAAUGCAUCAGCACCAG